UCCAGUCCCUUCGUGCCACUAUUUCAUAAAUGACAUUUUUGAACUACUUGAAGGUCCACUUUAAGAUUUAUUCCUCUGCGAUGGAGAAGUAUGAGAAAAUUAGGAAAAUUGGAGAAGGAUCCUACGGAGAUGUUUUCAAAUGUAGGAACAGGGACACGGGUCAAAUUGUGGCCAUAAAGAGGUUUCUGGAAUCCGAAGACGACCCAGUCAUCAAGAAGAUCGCCCACCGGGAAAUCCGCAUGCUCAAGCAACUCAAGCACCCCAACCUGGUCACCCUCCUGGAGGUCUUCAGGAGGAAACGGAGGCUCCACCUGGUGUUUGAAUAUUGUGACCGCACAGUUCUCCACGAAUUGGACAGAUACCAACGAGGGGUACCAGAACAUCUCGUGAAGAGCAUAACUUGGCAGACGCUGCAAGCUGUAAACUUUUGCCACAAACACAACUGUAUACAUAGAGAUGUAAAGCCAGAAAAUAUUCUCAUCACAAAACAUUCAGUGAUUAAGCUUUGCGACUUUGGAUUUGCCCGGCUUUUGACUGGACCAAGUGACUGCUACACAGACUAUGUGGCUACCAGGUGGUACCGCUCCCCGGAACUGCUGGUGGGUGACACACAGUACGGCCCCCCAGUAGAUGUUUGGGCAAUUGGCUGUGUCUUUGCUGAGCUGCUAUCAGGAGCGCCUCUGUGGCCAGGAAAGUCAGAUGUGGACCAGCUGUACCUGAUUAGGAAAACCCUGGGAGAUCUCAUCCCUAGGCACCAGCAAGUAUUUAGCACAAAUCAGUACUUCAGCGGGGUGAAAAUUCCAGAUCCUGAAGAUAUGGAACCACUUGAAUUAAAGUUUCCAAACUUCUCUUAUCCUGCCCUGGAGGUCUUAAAGGGCUGUCUCCACAUGGACCCUGGCGAGAGACUGGCCUGUGAACAGCUGUUGAAGCACCCUUAUUUUGACAGCAUCAGAGAAAUAGGAGAUUUGGCAAAAGAACAUGACAAACCAACAUGGAAGACCCUAAAAUACAGCCAAAAGCACCUGCCGAGGGUAAAAGUGAUGCACUGUUUUACAGAAACAUCCAAGUUGCAGCACCUCCCUCAGCUAACGAGCGGCAGCAUCCUUCCAGCUUUGAAUGACAAGAAGUACUACUCUCAUACCAAGAAACUUAACUACCGUUUUCCAAACAUUUAAGGAGCUAGGAGAUUGAUGAUAAAAAAUUAAAGGACAAUUUGAAGAAAAUAAAACUUACACAUUUGACUGAAAACAACUGCAAUGUUGAAAACACACCAGCAGACAACAUAAGCAAGUGUUGGCAGGUCGCUUGGCCAGAUAUGAAGGGAAAUUCCAGAUUCAGUCUUGCAUGCUUGAUGAUGGUGUCCAGAGAAGAAAGGAAAAACCUGUUUGGAGUUUCACUUGUCUUUUUGUUUAUGUAAGCAGCUGAGCUGCGGGACAGAAGAUAAACUCUAUCUACUGCUCAUGCCUCUGAUUUCAAAAAGAUUUACGUUUCAGUUCUUCCAUUGCUCCAUGUGAAAAAUGAGUUACAAAAUGCCCACGUGUAUUUCCUUGGAUCUGUUACCUUGAGUUCUGUAUUUCCUGCCUUUCAGAUUGUUUCAACCUCAUAUUUGAAGAGUUUUAGUUCUUGAAAUCAAAAUGUUUAAAAUUCCAUUUC